UUGGCUUAGUACAAAACCGGAAUAAGCAUAGCUUUGUACAAUUCUUUGGUCUGAGCACUUCCAAGAAAUUGUAGUGGAGCUCAAAGGCAAAUAUGGACAUGGACGUUGAUGUGGGGUACGAUUGACGUGUAAGUUGGAAAAUGGGUAGAAACUAAGGUUAAUGGUGACUUGAGGAAACCAGACUCGAUCCAACGCCUCAUUUCCACGUACUUUCCGUCCACCUUCGUGCUAGGAAUGAGGAUCAACAAUAGAGUUCAUAUGAAUUGAAUUACUGUGAAUUUUCCAUAUAUAUUAAGACAUUUUACCUGGUUUCUGUUUGCGAGGACUCAGAAGGAGAGGAUGAGAGGUGUUUCGGGCCUCCCAGAUAUAGAUAGGUUCCUUCCCACUUGUUGGGAGGUCUGCCAAGAAGCUUAUAAAUAUGGCAAUGGCCCUUUUACUUGUAAAAGAAAGGAUGAUUUUGUCUUCAUCUCGUUUCCUGGAUGUAACAAUGUGGAAGAAAUUUCUGCAGAGAAUAAGUUUGGAGAGUGUAAGAUAGAUGAGGGGAACCAGUUGUUCAGGUCUUUGAGGGCUAUUGCCCUGGAUGAGCCAGCCCUGGUUCAUAAACCCACUUUGGAACGCUUUCUGUUUCUGCUGCAGAAUACUGAAUUUGAGAAGAAGGUGCAAGGAGGGAAGUAUAGAAGAAUUGUACUCACAGGACACUCUUUUGGAGGGUCUGUGGCUGUAUUGGCGACAUUAUGGCUGCUAGAACAGCGGGGCUAUUCAUCGAAUCAGCCUCCAAUCUGCGUAACCUUUGGAUCUCCUUUAGUGGGGGACGAAAUAUUUGCACAAUCUGUGCGGCGGGAAAAAUGGGCAUCCUACUUCUACCAUUUUAUUUCCAGGUAUGAUAUUGUCCCUCGAAUUCUACUGGCCCCACUUAGAUUAAUCUCUGAGCCAUUAAGAGCCUUGUUACCGUAUUGGGCGAACUCCAUAAGGAACACUAAUGUGGUAUCUGCGCCCUUGCUUUCUGAACCUGGGAACUUUCUUAGAAUUGUAAUGCAAAACACAGCGUCAGUAGCGAGUUACAGAAGCGCCAUGUGUAUGGCGCCUAAUAAUAUGUUAUUAAGCGGCAUAAGCAGCGUGGUGAGACAGAGCCCCUACAGAGCAUUUGGCUCUUAUAUCUUUCUAUCUCGCAGCGGUUUUCUCUGCACUGAUAACUAUGAAGCUGUUCUUCAAAUUUUGUUCUAUAGCCUUCAAAGCCCAGAUGAAUAUCGAACGCCAGAGCCCUGCAUAUUUGAGCACAUUCAAUACGGUUCCGUUCUCGAAGGCGUGCUGAAUUCGAUGGAUGUCGACAUUCAUGACAAUCUGGCGACGCAGUUCGAAGCCGUCGGCCUCGGAACUCAGAGCCUGGAGGUGCAGUUGGCAUUGAAAGCCGCCGAAGAAGUGAUGAGAAGAUUGAACACCAACAAGCUCAAAAAGGAACAGGAUCUGGGAAACAUGAGGACUGUAAUGGAGGAACUGGAAUCAUACAAAAAAACCUCAAAGGCAAUGGCGACAGGCGACUACGACUGCUUUAAGCGGCACGCAGAAAAGAGGGAUUUCCUGGCAAACCUAGCUCGGCUGCGGCUUGCUGGAUUCUGGGACGAGAUAAAGGACAUGCUCCACAGAAAAGAACUGCCUGAUGAUUUCGAGUCACAGGAAGAGUGGAUUAAAGCGGGGACCUCCUACAGGAGAAUGGUGGAACCCUUAGACAUUGCCAAUUACUACAGACUGGGCAAGCAUGAGGACACCGGCCAUUACCUCGCCAAAGGCAGGCCUCGCAGAUAUUUGCUGCUUCAGAAAUGGCUUGAAGCUGCAGAAUUGCGGCGCAGCACCCAAAUCAAUAAUCUUUCCACUCCGGAUUCCUGCUUGUGGGCCCAUUUCGAGCAGAUUUCAUACACCCUGGCUAAGGCUAUGCCUAAUCUUGCAGAAGGCCAGGAACUUCCUUCUGAGCUAAAGACCAGUCUGCAGAACUUCCAAUCAAUGUUGAAGACAUUAAUAGACAGGAAACAGGUCUGUGAAGAUUUUUUCAUUGAAGAGGGAAGUUUUGUGAAGUGGUGGAAAGGCUUGCCUGUUACGAUCAAAUCAGUGUCUCCUCUGUGGGAUUUCAUGGAAGGCAGAGGACGCCAUACUUAUACUCCGGAUUUUAAAAAUGAAGGCAUGUAGGUUUUGUACCCUCUCUCUCAGCUGUUCUUUAUAUUAUUGUCUUUGGUUUUGUGGAUUUUAUAAAUUUUUAUAUUCACUAUAGUGGAAUCUGGAGGUGUCCUUGCCGAAGCAAGACUAAUCCCCCAAUGUGUACAACCCACUCACAAGGUAGCAACACACACAGAGUUAACACAGCCGGGGACUCGAACUCAAGACCAUGGGGAGUUUAAUGUUUCACUCAACUGUAUUUUAGUUGGAUUUGUGGGUCCUAGACACUAAGUUGUAAUAGUUUAAUUAGGUUUUUAUAGCUUUUAUGAAUAUGAAAAAAAAAUGUUUUUAUUUAAAAUUAAAAAUAGUUUUUCAUAUUAA